CUGUUCGCUCUAACUUGGAAAUUCCAUAGAUUUAAAAUAAUAAAUAUAACCUUACUUUUUAUUUGACUAAAAUCUAAAAUCGCAUAUAUUUAUAUAAGGUUUAUUUACUUGAAAAAGAAUUCGGCUUAUGUUAUUUUAUUCAAAAUUAAUUGAAUUUCGACAAAGUAUAAAAUAUAUUUAUUUCAUAAAGUUCACAAAUCUGUACCGAACAUUAAAAAUGGACGAGAAAAACAAGUGUGAUUUAAAGGAAAUUUCAGAAGGUUUAGCUACAAUUAAAACAAGAGGAAACGUAUUUUAUAAUCCUGUACAAGAAUUUAAUAGAGAUUUAAGUAUUUCAGUUAUAUCAGUGUUUGCCAAACAAUUUCGUCAAGAAAAAUUGGAAAAAGCUAAAUCUUCAGAACAGGAAACCAUUGAUUGGCAAGCUGGGACCAAAUAUGAGGAUGGUCUAUAUAUUUUAGAAGCCCUAUCAGCUACAGGAUUAAGAAGUAUUAGAUAUGCUAAAGAAAUACCAGGUGUUAAGGAGAUAGUGGCCAAUGAUUUAUCAGCAAAAGCUGUAGAAGAUAUUGUAAAUAAUAUUAAAUGUAACAACGUUGAACAACUGGUGACACCAAGCCAUAGUGAUGCAGUUAUAUUAAUGUACCAACACAAACACCACCAAAACCAAUUUGAUGUGAUUGAUCUUGAUCCAUAUGGUUGUCCUUCAAUAUUUCUUGAUUCAGCAAUACAGGCAAUUAAAGAUGGAGGUUUGUUAUUGGUAACAGCAACCGAUAUGGCAGUCUUAGCAGGAAAUUCACCUGAAACUUGUUACACCAAAUAUGGAGCUAUAUCACUAAGGAUAAAAAGUUGCCAUGAGAUGGCACUUAGAAUUUUAUUACAAUGUAUAGAGUCUCAUGCUAACAGAUAUGGAAGAUACAUAGUACCAUUAAUAUCAUUGUCAGCAGAUUUCUAUAUCAGAGUGUUUGUGAGGGUAUAUUCCGGGCAAUACAAAUGUAAAUUCAGCACUAGCAAAUUAUCUCAUGUCUAUCACUGUACAGGAUGCGAUAGUUUUACUCUUCAACCUUUAGGUAUAUUAAAAACCAAUGAGAAAAAUACUAAUUUAGUCAAAUUCAAAAUUCCCACUGGUCCUGCCGUUAGCCAAAAAUGUGAACACUGUGGACAUCCUCACCAUAUAGGAGGACCGAUUUGGUCAGCACCUAUACAUUCUCCUGAAUUCGUUAAGCAAAUCCUACAGACAGCUUCGGAAAAAUUAGUGACUAUUCGCCGUAUUCAAGGUGUAUUAAAUGUUGUAUCUGAAGAAUUACAUGAUGUGCCUUUAUAUUAUACUUUGGAAAAAAUGUGUGGGACUCUUCAUGUUGAAACCCCUCAAAUGAUAAUUAUCCGAUCUGCCAUACUCAAUGCUGGUUACAGAGUAUCUUUUUCACACAUGAACAAAACUUCUAUAAAAACUGAUGCACCCACAAAGGUAAUCUGGGAUAUAAUGCGUUCCUGGGAAAAAUUACAUCCAGCUUCAAAAAAGCGACUUACCGAAGGUUCACCUGCAGCUGAAAUUUUGUCUAAAACUCCCGAAAAAGAGUAUUCAUUCACAAAGCACCCAAAAGCUAACCCUCCUUCAAGACAAUUAGGAUUCAUAAGGUUUCAGGCGAAUCCUUUACCGCAUUGGGGUCCUGGUUCAAGAAAUACUGCAAUGGUUGGAGACCAAAAAAUUUCAAAAAGUAAGAAGAACCAAGGUAAGAGAAAAAGGGAAGAUUCGCCAGAAACUGAAGAAAAAAACUAAUAUAAAAUUAUUUUAUUGCUUAAAAUAUAAUGAAUUAAGUUAUAUUAUUG